AUGAAUUCUAGAUCUCUUGCAUCGUCAAACACCUCACCUGAGCGGCGGCGCACAUCCCAAACUGCCAAAGUGUCCCUCAGUCUAUCUAAUGUAGAGCAAGGUGAUGCCGUUAGCAUAUCCUCAAUAGCAGAGAGCCAGAUUGACGAAGAUAUUGAUACAAGUACGCGAUAUGAAGUGAGAAUUGAGUGCGACUGGGUGCAAGAUGCGGCUAAGGGACAGCUCCGGCGGAAUUUCCGGCAGAGAGAGGCUACCGGAGUCUUCAAAACUAAAGGACAAAAAGGAUGGCGCUUUAAAGUUUCAGAUUCUUUUGAAGCAGCUCAUGGAUGGAUAGUAGUCACCCUGAUAGGUACUGCGAUCGGUAUGAAUGCUGCGUUCCUAAACAUUGUAACCGAGUGGCUUUCCGAUAUCAAGCUCGGAUAUUGUACAACAGCGUUCUAUCUUAAUGAGAAUUUUUGCUGCUGGGGUGAGGAAAAUGGUUGCGACAACUGGCAUACAUGGAGCUCAUUCGCCAUUAAUAAUUACAUCAUGUACAUCAUAUUUGCUGCUAUAUUUGCGUUCACAUCAGCUAUAUUAGUGCGGAUAUUUGCUCCAUAUGCAGCUGGAUCCGGAAUAUCAGAAAUAAAAUGCAUUAUCGCUGGGUUUAUUAUGAAAGGCUUCCUCGGAUUUUGGACGCUUAUCAUCAAAUCUGUGGCCCUUCCUCUCACAAUCGCAUCGGGGCUGUCUGUUGGCAAAGAAGGUCCAAGUGUGCACUACGCAGUGUGUACGGGAAAUGUAAUAUCGAGAAUCUUCAAAAAGUAUAAACGAGAUGCUUCCAAGACGAGAGAAAUACUUAGUGCAUGUGCGGCUGCUGGAGUUGCAGUUGCCUUUGGAAGCCCUAUAGGCGGGGUUCUUUUCUCACUUGAAGAAAUCUCAUCAUACUUUCCAAUGAAAACCUUGUGGAGAAGCUAUUUUUGUGCGUUAGUUGCUACCGCUGUACUGGCAGCAAUAAACCCAUUUCGAACUGGUCAGCUCGUCAUGUUUCAAGUCCACUACGAUCGUUCGUGGCAUUUUUUCGAAGUUGUCUUUUACAUUCUCAUCGGUGUAUUUGGUGGUAUUUAUGGCGCUUUUGUUAUAAAAUGGAAUCUACGCGUUCAAGCAUUUCGGAAGAAAUAUCUUAAAAACUACGCUAUCCUUGAAGCUACUCUACUGGCCACUGGAACUGCAAUCAUUUGCUACCCGAAUAUUUUCCUCAGAAUUGAUAUGACGGAGAGUAUGGAAAUUUUGUUUCUGGAGUGUGAGGGGGCCGAGGAUUACCAAGGACUUUGUGAUCAGAAAAACCGUUGGGGAAUGGUAUUAUCGCUAACUUUCGCAACCAUUAUACGGAUGUUACUAGUCACAAUUUCAUACGGAUGCAAGGUUCCAGCUGGAAUAUUUGUUCCUUCCAUGGCAGUUGGUGCAUCAUUUGGACGAACUGUCGGAAUACUGGUUCAGGCGCUGCAUGAGGCCUACCCGACAUCAGUUUUUUUUUCUGCAUGUCAACCUGAUAUACCAUGCAUUAUACCAGGAACAUACGCCUUCCUAGGAGCUGCAGCUGCUUUAAGCGGUAUAAUGCACAUUACAGUCUCAGUUGUAGUUAUUAUGUUUGAGUUGACUGGAGCCUUAACUUAUAUUCUUCCAACUAUGAUAGUUGUCGGUGUGACAAAGGCUAUCAGCGAGCUAUUUGGAAAAGGAGGAAUUGCCGACCGAAUGAUUUGGUUUAAUGGUUUCCCAUUUUUAGACAACAAGGAAGAUCAUACAUUUGGGGUACCUGUAUCACAUGUUAUGACAGGUAAAGUCAUGGCUCUUCCUGUCAGUGGGCUCACUAUCAGAGAUGUUGAACAACUUCUUCGUGAGGGUCAAUACAAAGGCUUCCCUCUUAUUGAAGAUAUAAAUUCUAAAAUUUUAAUGGGCUACAUAAGGACUACUGACCUGCGUUAUGCUAUCGAUCGCGCUAAAACGGAACGUACAAUCACCUCCACCACAAAGUGUUAUUUUAUCUCAGCUCCAGCAAAAUCACCUUUACGCAAAAUACCAUCUAAAUCUUCUGCAUCAAACAAAUCAGAAGAUGUACAUCCUUCAUCAGUCGACCUCAGUCGCUUCAUUGAUCCGACACCUGUUAGAGUACACCCACGCUUGCCACUUGAAACUGUCAUGGAACUUUUUCGCAAGAUUGGGCCUCGGGUGAUUCUCAUCGAAUAUUAUGGAAAGCUAGUCGGCCUGGUGACCGUGAAGGACUGCCUCAAAUAUCAAUUCAAGGCUGAGGCAAGCGAUAUCCUGCGUGUCGACAGACGAAAUUCUGAAUUUAAAGAUUGGUUUCAAACCUCGAUUAAAGUGUGUACUGAUUUAUUUUCUACAAUAUUCCUAUGGGAUAAUCAUGGGCGUAUACGCAUAAGAUCAGCCACUACUAUUGGCCAGAACAACCUAAGAGGCUCGUUACGCGAAGCGUCUCUAACCCAAGAUAGCUUGCUCGGCGAAAAUGAUGAUUCAAGAACUAAUUAUGAGAAUGAAGAAAGUUUUGAAUUACGCAACAGGUAA